AUGAAGCAAGAAGAGCUGAAAUCAUUGAGAAGUGAAUUAACUUGGAGAUGGGCAGACGGGCCAGCCUAUAUUACACAAUGCCCAAUUCAACUGGUCAAUCCUUAUGUAUACAACUUCACCAUUACUGGCCAAAGAGGAACCUUGUUUUGGCAUGCUCACACCUCAUGUCUAAGAGCAACUUUAUAUGGACCAAUUUUUAUCCUCCCAAAGGAGCAUAUCCCUUAUCCAUUUCCACAGCCCUUUCAAGAAGUUCCCAUGGUUUUUGGAGAAUGGUGGAAAGCAGACACUGAGAAAAUUAUCAGCCAAGCCUUGAAGUCCAGAGGAGCACCAAAUAUCUCUGAUGCUUUUACCAUUAAUGGUCUCCCUGGACCCUCCUAUAACUGCUCAGCGAAAGACACAUUCAAGCUGAAGGUGAAGGCUGGAAAAACUUACCUCCUCCGCAUGGUCAAUGCUGCACUCAAUGAUGAGCUUUUCUUCAGCAUCGCUAACCACAGUUUAACAAUGGUGGAAACUGAUGCAGUCUACGUGAAACCAAUUAAAACUAACAUUGUACUCAUCACUCCGGGGCAAACGACUAAUGUACUUCUCAAGGCCAAAUCCAAGACCCCUACUGCUACUUUCGCCAUUGCUGUAAGGCCUUACGCCACUGGUGCAGCCACCUUCGACAACACCACAGCCACUGGAAUUCUAGAAUACGAGCAACCUUCUUCCUCCAAAAACAAGAAAUUGCCCCUACUUAAGCCUGCACGUCCAAAGUUUAAUGACACGAAUUUUGCCAUGAAAUUCAGCAAGAAAAUCCGUAGCUUGGCCACAGCCAAAUUCCCUGCAAAUGUCCCUAAGAAAGUCGAUAAACACUUUUUCUUCACUGUAGGCUCAUGUCCAAAAAACCAAACCUGCCAAGGACCAAACAAUACAAAGCUAGCAGCUUCCGUUAAUAAUGUGUCCUUCGUGCUGCCAAACAUUGCUCUACUUCAAGCUCACUUUUUUAAGAAAUCGAAAGGCGUGUACACAACUGAUUUCCCCACCAACCCGCCAUUCAAAUUCAACUAUACCGGCACACCGCCGAAAAACCUUCUGGUAAACAGCGGCACAAAGAUUGUGGUGCUGCCUUGUAAAAGUAGUGUUGAGCUGGUGAUGCAGGAUACUAGCAUCGUUGGCGCAGAGAGCCACCCUCUUCACCUUCAUGGCUUUAACUUCUUUGUGGUUGGUCAAGGCAUUGGAAACUUCAACCCCAACAAAGACCCCAAAAACUUUAACCUGGUUAACCCUGCUGAGAGGAACACUGUGGGCGUCCCCUCUGGUGGGUGGGUCGCCAUUCGUUUUCUUGCGGACAACCCAACCCAGGUGUCUGGUUUAUGCAUUUCCAUUUGGAAGUACACACCAGUUGGGGGUUGAAGAUGGCGUGGAUUGUGAUGGAUGGAAAGGAGCCAAAGCAAAAACUGCCACCUCCGCCGUCUGAUCUUCCGA